GGGCGCCCGCAGGCAGGUGCAAGGGGGAUUUUCUUAGCGCUAUAUACGCUACACACUUUUUUUUCCCACUUACUUUGUUUUUUCCCGCAUUUUCCCCGUAGCCUGCAUUGUUAUUUUUCAGAAGUAGAGAACUGUUGGAGAUGGCGUGGCAGGCAGUCACAUGACUGACGCGAGUCUGACAUCAUGACAGCUCUACAAGCCUCAAACUCCCAAGUAAUCGCGUUAUUCGCGUUCGCGUAGCUCGUUGCAACUUCAUGGAAGAAGACUGCGGUGGACAUCGGUGGAAAAGUCAAUAUUUGACGAUUUCAUGCUCAGGACGGAGCAAUUGCAAACCAUCGUGUUUCGUGUGGUGAGUGGUGGAAGGACUGGACUGGUGGUGGUAAAAUGGAAUCUUCAUUCUGUUCAUUUUUGAAAGACAAAAUUGGUUGGACACAAGAGACAUGCAAAGGAGAACUAAGCAUCUUCUUGAAGAAUGAAGGUUUGGAAGCAUUCCAAAAUUGCACUAUCUUUGAGAGCAACUUUGAACAGGUAACAAAGAAGGGAUAUGUGGCACAUGCGCUCAGAAAAGUUACUAAGGUGACCCUCGGCAUUUUAGCAUCAAACCCUAAUGUUACUCUGCCUGAAUUUCUCAUAAUGGCACAACCUAUUAGCGAAAACAAGAAUAAAAACAUACAACCUGAAAAUACUACAAAGAAAAUAGCUACUCCAAUACCAAAAGAAAAGCUUGAACUGACUAGGCUUUUACCCUUGCGACUUAUAAAACUCUCAGUUCUAAGUAGAAAGAAUUACUGCUUAAGGCUGAGAAUUGCAUUUGGGGGCAGAUUUUACCUGAAACUCUCCAUCCCUGAUGUUGAUAAGAACAAGGUUUUUGCCAUGUGGGUGAAGUUAAUUAAAGAGCUGCGUCAUUUUGAUCUGGCCAACUGGACAGUCUCAGAUUCUGAUACUUCAUCAGAUGACAGUAUUGUUUCACAGGACAAGACUGUUAUCCAGAAAGUGGAAGAAAACGUAGCCAAGCAGGAAGUAGUACACAGGGAAAAGAAUGAGACACUUGACAUUACAAACGCUCCUCUUGAAGUUAAACAUGCUCCUCCUCCUCCUCAGAAUGGUGCUAGCACUUCACAUCAGGCUAAAGCCGUAACAGAUGCUCCAGCUAAAAAGGUUCCAGCAGACAAUCUGCAAGCCCAGACAAAGCAGGAUAACGGAAGUCCUGAAGACAUGGCUGAUAAAAGCUCUUCUGAUGAAGCCCCGGAAGGGAGAAAACCAAAGAAAAGUAAAAGCAAAAAAGGAAAACUAUGGAAAUGUUUCACUGUGAUUUGUUGCAUUAAAAGAGAAUGAUCUAAGAAAGGGCACUACAAUAUGCAAGGAUUCCAAAAGUUGGCUUCUGGAAGAUUUACAUAGUUCCAAUCUGAUGAUGCAGUAUUCUGGAUAAAACUCAGUAUGUGGGGCAGAAGAAAAUGACUAGCAGAAAACGAUACACCUACUGUUUAUCAAGAGCAAAUUUAUCAAAUAGCUUUCUUUGAUGCCUUUUCUGUUGGUAUUCUUUUGUGUUGCUUUACACUAUAGUCAAGUUUUAUUUCUUUAACUAUAACACUUAAUUAGUGUCUAUUACAUAACCAUGAAGUUAGCAUGUAUAAGUUUCCCUUAGUUUUGCAUUUAUUCAAAACUGUACUUUACUGUUAUGAUGGUAUCCAAGUUUAUUAAGGAGGUAGUUUAGAGUUUUUACUUUCUGUGUAUUAGUUUAAGAGGAAGUGGCAAUAUCAAAACAGAUUUAAUAUGUGAAUAAUAAUAAUGCAUGUUUCACUACACUUUCAUUUUUCCACUGUUGAUAUUUAUAUUUAACUGUAUAAGAAUGCAUGCAUUUCAGUACCUGUUACAUGCUGAAUGCUACUGUAUUCGGCUGGACUUACUUAGACUCUUCUUUAUAUAACUGUAUAUAAUUUAUGUGUAAUUCCAUAUAGUCGGUGGUCACUAAAAUGGUAUUAUGCCUCCUUGUAUUGUCCUACUUAUUCUUUCCUGGACUGAAGCUGGUCAUUUCUGAUCCACACUAUAUUCCUUUUAAGACAUUCAAAUAAAUAAAAGUGUAAUUAUAUUUUAAA